AUGGCUGCUAACAUCCAACAUCAGCCAAAGCAAGUCGCUGCCUUACUUGAAGGCCAAAACAAAGUCUACGUGUACGAAGCUACUGGCGGCGCCGUUACUGCUCAGUUCGCAGCACAUAACAUCUCUCUCCUCCCACCCAUACCUCCAAAGUCCGUCCUCCUUGACAACGCAUGUGGCGCCGGAACAGUCUCCCGUACAAUUCUUUCCUCAGAUGUACCCUCUGAUCUCAAGAUAUACGCCACAGACAUCGACCAAGUCUUCCUCGAUGCGCUUCAAUCAGAUGUAGAAAAGAAUUCCUGGCCAAUCGAAGUCUCAAAUCAGAAGUCUGAAAACCUAUCAUUUCCCGACGAUUACUUCACGCACUCUAUUACCAACAUUGGCAUCUUCUUCACUACCUCAACCGGUCUCGAUGGUGCUAAAGAAAUCUAUCGGACACUUCAACCCGGCGGCAUCGCGGUGGUGAAUUGCUGGGAAGACGUCACUUGGCUCCCACCCUUCGCGCUUGUACAUCAAGCCCUUCGUCCAGGGAAACCCUACCCAGCUUCGCCCAUACCCUGGAAGGACGGAAAGCAGAUCCAGAAAGUCAUGUUGGAAGCAGGUUUCUUAAGGGAGAACAUGAGAGUAGAGAGGAGCGAGGCGUGGGCAAAGACUACCGAUAUAAGGGAUUGGGCAGAGAAGUCUUGGGCAUAUUUGGGUAACAUAGGUGGUUGGACGGAGACGGAUAGUGAGAGAUGGGAUGAAGCUGUCGAUUUACUGAUGAAGCAUAUUCUGGAGCAGGAGGGCACGAAGAGAGUUGGGGAGGAAGUGUGGAUGAGGGCUAGUCAGUGGCUGGUCAUUGCUAAGAAAUGA